UCUAUAUUGAUAACAUUUGUAUUAUUUUUGAAUAGUUCCAGUGUAGUUCUUCUGUGAUUGUUCACGGACAGUUUAAUAUUAUUCGUUGAUUGGAUGGUAUAUGUAUUACCUUUCCUCAGUUACCCUGGUAUCGUAUAGUUGCAAGUUUUCGGUUUUGUUUUUAAAUAAUUUCCAGUUUAUAAGUACUUUUGUCGUAAUAGAUGUAAUAAUAUUACCGUGCUUCAAAUUUACAUAAUACACGAAACCUCGAACAACAACUAUUGGAUGAAGACAGGCAGACAGCAAACAGUAUACUAUUACUAUUUAUAAUAGCUCAUAGUCGAAUCCAAUGGUGAUAUUUUGGGGUUGUUGAUUUGGAGUAGGUAGUAAAGUUGAAGUUGGACGACCAUCAUCGUUUCUGUAUCACGAAGAUCUCCGCAAGUAGCAAUGUCUGAUAGGGUGAAGAUGUUGAAGCACGUUACGGUGGCAGCUGUUUCCAGUGAAGCCGUAUCCAAGCUGGUGGGACUGGUCAGCCUUAGCUUGGCGUCGAUAGUUAUCGACGAGACGAUACAACUGAUUAAGCGGUAUUUUUGGCGCAACUACGUCACAGAGCUUGAAGUUCCCAACACAGACAAGUCUUACAAUUGGCUGCUGCAAUGGAUUUCCAAGCACAACCAACAACUACUGCACUUCAGCGUGACCACGGUUUGUCGAAACACCGAGUCCGCCCACUCGACUUCGAAGUUCGACUACGAGCCGAGCGCUGGCGAACACAUGUUCAAGUACAAAGGUCAUACGAUAAGCGUAAGACGUGAUCGCAGCACAGUACUGUCCAGCGAGUACGGUUCUAGACCGUUCGAGACGCUUAACUUAUCUACUUGGGGUCGAAACAGACAAGUGCUGAAUGAAAUUCUGGACGAGGCUAGAUUGUACGCUAUGUCCAUCAUGGAGUCAGGCACCACUCUGUUGGUGCCAUCGUACGACACGUGGCACAACUUCGGCGAGCCCCGCGUACCCAGGUCAUUGUCUUCUGUUAUACUGGACGAGGGCGUGAUUGAAAAUAUACUUAAGGACAUACACAAUUUUGUGGACGACAAAUCUUGGUACUUAGAUAGGGGAAUACCGUACCGUAGGGGUUACCUGCUCUACGGACCGCCGGGCUGUGGCAAGACAUCUUUGAUCAUGGCACUGGCUGGCGAUAUCAAGUACAACUUGUGCGUGUUAAGCCUGAAUGAUUCAAAAAUGUCCGACGAUCAACUCGUUCAAUUGAUGGGAGAAGUGCCGUCCAAGUCGUUUGUGCUCCUGGAAGACAUUGACGCGAUGUUCGCCAAUAGAGACGGGAAAACAGUCAUAGAGGGUAGUACUAAAGUGACGUUGAGCGGUUUGCUUAACGCUCUGGAUGGCGUCGUAUCGUCUGAAGGCCGAAUACUAUUUAUGACUACCAACUACGUUGAUAGGUUGGAUACUGCAUUGAUUCGAUCUGGCAGAGUGGAUUUCAAACAAUACAUUGGAACUUGUUCAGAUCAUCAACUAUCUCAAAUGUUCACUAGGUUUCGUCCAGAGGGUACGGAAGGUGACAAGGAACGAUUUGUGAAAGAUAUAAGAAAAUAUAACAAACCAGUUGUCCCAGCUCAUCUACAAGAAUUUUUUUUGGUACACCGUCAUAAAGAACUAAAUUAUGUGUUUGAACAUAUAAACGAUUUAUGGCAGAAUGUGCAAGACAUUCAAUUAACAGAGUAACAACAAUAAUAUUCAUAGUAUUAAUUUAAAAAUAAUAAUAAUAAUAAUAAUAAUAAUAAGUUAAUUUUUUAUGUACAGAAAAAUACUAAGUACAUAAAAAACCAAUGUUCAGUCGAAUAGCAAUUUUUGAGCACAAUAAAAGAGUGUCAUGAAUA